GUUAAUAUUAAGAAGAAGAAGAAGCAGGCAGAUGAAGGAUUUCUUCUUCGUCUUCUACUUUUUGAUCGUUGAUUACUGUCGAUGAUUUUUUUUCGCAUCAAAUUAUUACCCUCCGAUCAGGAAUCCCUCAGAUAGUUUGAUGCUGGAAAGUCAUGCCGACAUUUACAUCCGUAGCUUUUGAUAGAUUUCUUGAACCUGGAGCCUCAAAUUACAUGGCACCACCGGCGACAAAUCCACCCAUCUCAAAGAUCGAAAGGAGGCAUAGCACUCCAAACCCUAGCCAGCACAGGGAAAUUGAUGCCCCUAAUCGGAAUUCGGGGAGAGGAGUUCCUAUUCCUCAUAAUUCAAAGUAUGACAAGAGGAUAAACGGUUCUUCAAGCACAUCUGUUUCUGUCGGAAACAAACACCACCGGACUCAAAUCUCCCCGGCACUCUACGCAACACCUGAGCCGACCCCACUUCCCGAUUCCCCAUCUUCAUUCCCCCCGUCACCCUACAUCGUCAACCACAAGCGGCGGGGCCCACGUCUCAUGAAGAGCUUUUCUGAGUAUGAUGUGGCAACUUGGGAACGGGAGGCUGACGAGGGCAAGGUGAGUGAAAACGGGAAUACUGAUGAAAAGGAGGUGACAGAAAGAGCCUCUGAGGAUGAUGGGUUUGUUUCUAAGAAGGUUCCCGAUGUUUUUCGUGUGGAUGAUGCCACUGUACCAUCCGUUGCUAGAGAAAAUCAUUUGAACGGUACAGGCAUUGACGAGAAAGGAAAUUUAGAUGCGGAGAAUGGUCCGGAAGGCCAAAAUGGCAUGAUGAAGUCUGUUGUUGGAUUUGAUUUGCAACAAGAUGGCGAGGAUGAUGAUUUUGCUGAUCCACAGGACUCAAUGAGUGUUAGGAGCGUUGGUGAAAGUGAGUGUAUUGGUGGAGCCGAACGGUCUCUAAAUUUGAGCACGCCAUUAGCUGAGUUCUAUGAUGCUUGGGAAGAAUUAUCAUCAGAGAGCGGCCCUCAGCUUAAGAUUCCCGAUAUCGAGAGUGAGUUGCGUGAAAUAAGGCUAAGUUUAUUGAUGGAGAUAGAAAAGAGGAAACAAGCUGAAGAGACCUUAUGUAAUAUGCGAAACCAGUGGCAGAAGAUCCAUGAAAAAUUAUCUCUUCUGGGUUUGACACUCCCUGAAGAUCUAACAACUUGUUUGCUAGAGGGAGAACAACAUGUCGAUCCUGCUGAGGAGAUCUGGCAACAAGUCUAUAUUGCCCGGUUUGUUGCUAACUCAAUUGGGAAGGGAAUCGCAAAGGCUGAGGCUGAAAUGGAGAUGAAAGCUCAGAUAAAGUUGAAGAACUUUGAAAUAGCUCGUUUGUGGGAUAGGCUUCGUUAUUAUGAAGCCGUGAACCAAGAGAUGUCCCAGAGGAACCAAGAAGUUGUAGAGGAGACGAGGCGACUUAGGCAAAUAAGGAAGAGAAGACAGAAAUGGAUUUGGGGUUCUAUUGCCACUGCAGUUACACUUGGUUCUGCUGUCUUUGCCUACUCUUAUUUCCACAGUGGAAAAACAUCCGAAACCCCGUUGCAUACAACUGUGUCACACUACUGUGACACAGAAUAGUGAUACAUAAUGAAUUAUCCUUACAACAUAGAAAGAAAUAACAAAAAAGGGAGUUCUAUACUACGUUUGUGAAUAAAUACGAACAGUCUUUUUAACCUUUUUUGGCUUUCCCUUCUAGGAAGUGCUUAAGAGAUUUCAGGAUGUGUAAAUUGAAUUAAAAGCAUAGUACUACAAGACAGGUAGAAAUUGAAUUAAAAAUUGUUAUGCAUUUUCUCUGGGCGUUGAUGGGGCAAUUAUUUUUACUUUGUUAUGAUUCUCUGGUCUCUCGGACGAGUCACUACUUUGCAAUCCCCAUUUUUUGUGAGACCAUGAGCUUGUGUUUGUGACAUAUAGUUCUAUGUUUCCCGCUGAAACUUCUUUUAUGGUGCUUAAAUCUUCUCUUUUGGCGUGGAUUCCAAAUUACAUUUGUACCCAGCUGA